GGGCCGCUGGGGUGUCCAGCCGCUGCUAUCUGUUGCGCCGCCGCCCGCGGGAGCCGGCAGAUCCGGGUCUAGUGGCUAAGAGUGACGUGGUCAGUCGAAUCAAAACAGAGGAGGGGAGGAAGCCGGCGGCUGGCAGCAGCGGCGGCAGCGGCGUCCCGGGCAGCCGCAGGGUUCCGGAAGCUCCAGGCGGUCUUUCUGCCGAGCCUUGGUCCCGGCCCCCAUCCUCCCCGCCCCGUCGGUUGUUGUCUGGGCGGAUUUAAACAGUCAAGUUAAAUCAAGCUGGGUAAUCAUGGCAGAAGGUGGAUUCGAUCCCUGUGAAUGUGUUUGCUCUCAUGAACAUGCGAUGAGAAGGCUGAUCAAUCUGUUGAGGCAGUCCCAGUCCUACUGCACAGACACAGAAUGUCUUCAGGAAUUACCAGGACCCUCUGGUGAUAAUGGCAUCAGUAUUACCAUGAUCUUGAUGGCCUGGAUGGUUAUUGCAGUGAUCUUGUUUCUCCUGAGACCUCCUAAUCUAAGAGGAUCCAACCUGACUGGAAAACCAACCAGUCCUCAUAAUGGACAAGAUCCACCAGCCCCUCCUGUGGACUAACUUUGUGAUAUGGGAAGUGAAAACAGUUACCACCUUGCACGACCAAAAGAACGAAGAUGACCAGAGUACUCUUAACCCCAUUAGAACUGUUUUUCCUUUUGCAUCUGCAAUAUGGAUGGUAUUGUUUUCAUGAGCUUCUAGAAAUUUCACUUGCAAGCUGAUUUUUGCUUCCUGUUUUAUCACCUUUCCUAUUUACAGUAUAUUUGAGUAAAUGAUUAUAUUAAAAAAGUUACAUCGAGCUUUUUUGGUUAUCCUAAACUUAAACAUUCCACUCAUUCUAUUUGUAACUGUGAUUAUAAUUUUUGUGAUGAUUUCUGGCCUGAUUGAAGGAAAUUUGAGAUCUCUGCAUUUAAAUAUUUUAACAGUUUUGAUAGGUUUUAAAAUUGCUUUUUUUUAAAUAAGGUAUUUAUAAAGUUAUUUGGGGUUGUCUGAGAUUGUCUUAAAGAAAAUUAGAACCACACUGUACAGACACUUACCUUGGUAGUUUACUUGUGGGUGGCAGUUUUCUCUAGCUCUUAGGACUUGGCAGCCUUUGGAAUAUUUUACAAGUUACAGCUGAAAUCUGUGUCAUCCACUACAACUGGCUUAUGUGGCUAGAAAAGGUGGAGAGAAGAAAUGAAAUAGUUGUUCACUAAGUUUUUUACUCCCAUAAAAAUGUCUAAUACUAAGAAAACUUUAAACGACUUAAAUAUGGUGUAUGAUUUACAGUCCAUUAUAUGACAUUUGUAAGCCACUGUACGCUAGCUUUACAAGGUUUAUGAAAGGAGGAGAAAGGUUAAUUCUUUCUGUCUUUGCCAGAUAUAAUCUAUACAGUAAUAAUUUAAGCUAUAAUUUAUUUGUAAAAUGGGUGCCUCUCAGGAAGCUUCUUUUCUGUUGUAACACUUCCCUGUUAAGUGAAACUAUUUUAAAGUUGUAUUGGGGCCUGUUUGGUUACUGACGUUUGAAUGAUAUUUACUCUAUUUUGUUUUUGAAGAAAAAAUUUUGAGUCUUUUGUUAUCUUUCUGACUUUAAAAAAGAUUUAAUGAAUUCUUGGUUUACUCCAAGGGAAAGAAGGAAAAUGAGAAACAAUCAAGGAUCUUUUUCUCACCCUUAUCUCAUUCUCGUUUGUUAAUGGGAUGGAUUGGGGGGGGGGAGGAGCAUUACUAUAAGUAAAAUUUUAAGAUGUAUAAAAAAGUAAAAGGUUUCAUUGUUUUGCUCAGUUUGAAAGGAAAUUAAUACAAAUGGCAUAAAAGUCUGCGUGACCUACAUGGUUAUGGAAGUUUUUCCUAGCAAGUGAUUGCAGGUGAUUUAUGGGGGCUGGAAGGUAUUUUGCUAUCAAUGUAAGAAUUUUUUUUCCCCUAGAUCAGUCUAGCUUUUCACUGUACAGACCUGAAAAAUUACUUGUAUGAAUUGAAUAAACUUCUCUAUAUCAUUGUACUGUUUAAUAGAGUCUCUGAUACAAUUGUGUGAUGCUCAUAGGGUAUUUUUUUCUCCUUUAUUAUGAUUACCUUCUCGGCCAUAAACAUUGUAAGGGCUUCAUUUCAUUAUAUAAUCCAAUGCUGACUGCCUGCAUUCCUCUUGUACAUCUUGGCUUCGUGCUCCACUUCUUGAAAUAAUAUAACCUACUUUUAAUUACUUGUGCUAAUUGAGGGGUAUCAUAACACAGGUAAGUCAAAUCCUGGAUAAAUGAACACCAUAAAUUUAAGGUUUUUGCUCUUGCUGUGGCCUACUGGAAGCCUUCCCAUCUCUACAGCUGUUACCGUAUUUAAAGCAGAAAGGGCAGGAAUGGCAUAAGAUGGAGCUAAAUCCCUAUAAGCAUUCCUUUUUCUGCCCUUGCCCCCUGAACUUGGAAGGCUUGCACAUAUAUCAUAACAGUCUGUUCUCAAAGCUGCUAGAAAGCUAAUCUCUGCAAAGAUACUGAAUCUACAGCUCACAGAUAAUCGAGAAUUGGCUUUGGUUGAAAAGUGGCUGUGAUAUGGAACCAGAAUGUCUAAUGUUAGCUAGAGACCUAGAAAUCUGGAUUCUUAUUCCUAGUUCUUCAUUUCUGUCACCUACACUUAAUUGACCUUACAUCUAGAAUGUUAACCCUUUCCUAUAUGGACGAUCUGUUUAAUUGGUAACAAAUUUCCUUAGUGAAGUAUAUAGUCUUGGUUUUUUUGCUUGUAAAAUUUCUCUGCAUUCCUGAAAAAGAUAGUGUACUAUUGCACCUAAAGUAUUCCUGCUAACCUAACUAGUAAUUUAUAUUAUUCUAUUAUAUUCUUAAAGCUUCUACAUGUGGCCUUUUUAUUGAGCACACCCUUAUUCAUUACUUGGCUUGUAAACAUUCACCAGCACUGUGGGUACAGUCAUUUUUAAAUCUGGAAAAAGGAAAGAUAAAGCUUCACAUUUUAAUCACUUUUGGCUCUUGAACGUUCCACAAAUGCCAUUAAGAAUUUUUUUUUGUUUUAGAGUCGUUUAAUGUUCUUUUAUGCAAAAUAACGUUCUUUUGCUUUCCAUACGGAAAAAUUUAACAUUGGAACUGUGUAUAGUAAAAGAUUUUAUCAUGUACCUAUCCAAGCACUAUCCCAUGGCCAGCAAGUCAUAUUUUAAACAACUUGCAGAGAUUUUCCAAAGUAACUAUUAAAUACAGCUAUUCCAUUGUUACUUUUAGUAUCUUUGUGCUGUGUGAUAUGAUAGUGUUUACGGAAUUACAGAUGUCUUACAUUUUCAAAGAAAUCUUGGAAGUCUGUGUAUCACUCUGAAUGAAAUUCUGUCACUGUAAAUCAAUUUGUGCUAAAAUUUGACUAGCUUGACUUAAGACCCAAAAUAGCACCUUGAAGGAGAAAUGAAGAGAGUCUACAGUUAAUUAGUUAAAUUUUUGUUGUUGCGAUAGUAGGUUUACUCUUAACGUUAUAAUAUUUCUCAAUGAAAAAUCAUUUAUUUGUUACCAUGUCUGAUGAUUACUUUGUUAAAGGCAAAAGUGGUCAUGUGAUGUACUAAAUGUUAAUUGCUGUUUUUAAAUGUUUAAAUCAUGCCAAACAAAUCAUGUCUGUGCCAUCCAGGGUUUAUUGUAAUCUUUUACUGAGUACUUGGAUUGGGGUAAAGGGCUUGUACUAUGCACUUUUUAUUAAUGAAUAAAUAGAAAACGUUAGUAACA